CCCUCUCCCCCACACCUUCCUGACUACGCCGUCUCUCUCUCUCUCUCUUCUCUCUCUCCACCUCGUCUUCCUCCUCUCCCUCAAUUCGGAUCAAACGAAUUCGUUAAAUAAUCUCUAAAAACACACGGUGAACGGGAUCCAAGAGAUUAAAACGAAACGUUCCGAUCCGUGAUUAGGGCUCGGAGCUAACCGUGUGAUUUUUGGGGUCGUGAUUUAGAGUUAGGGUUUCGGAUCUGGAGGAUUAGCUCCGAAUCAGACCAUGAAUGAGCAGAUGAUGCGACCUCCGCCGCAGCUGCCGUACCAGAUGUGGGCGGCGGCGCCGGCUCCGCUCCCGCCGUUGAUGGAGCCUCCGGUGGGGUUCGUCGGGGGGAAGCCGGCGCGGCCGGCGUGGAAGCGGGCGGGGUGGAAGCGCAGGGCCCCGGCGCCGGCGGGCGCGAGGUGGGGCGGCGCGGCGGCCCCGCGCAACACGACAUCGUUCCUGAUCCGAGCGAAGCGGGCGGGUGGCGUGGCGUCGCUGGUGUCGCCGUGCCCCGUGACGCCAGCGGUGCUGCCGACGCCGCGGCUGUCGCCGGCGCGAGAGGUGCUGGUGGAGAUGGCCAAGGAGGCGUGGGGCGUCGACGGGUACGGCUCCAUGAAGGGCCUCAUCCGCCUCCGCUCCCAGGCCGCCGCCGACGCCGGGGGCGCUGCCGGCGAGGACUCCGGCUCCGGCGAGAGCGACGUGGAGGAGCACGUCGAGGUGGAGCGACGCCUGGACCACGACCUCAGCCGCUUCGAGAUGGUCCAGCUCCCGGCCGCGGCCGCCUUCGGUUUCGACGACGACGAAGCCGACGAGGACGACGAGGCACGCGCGGCGCGGCUGGAGGAGGAGAACCUGACCCUCCGUGAGCGCCUCUUCCUGAUGGAGCGCAACAUGGCCGACCUCCGCCGCCGGCUCCUCUCCGUUGAGGAGCUCUGCCGGGACCGCCACCGUGACGGCUGCGUGGUGGAUGCCACCGCAGGUGCUGCCGACGAGGCAGGGCCCUCUGAAAGCAUGGUCGAUGUCGUCUUUGCCGGCGCCGGCGAGGCGGCGGAAGCCAUGAAGAAGUGAAGCACACCUACUUGACCAGGCCAACUCGGCUGUACUGAAGCUGUACAUACGGUUUGCAUUUCCCUGUGCAGAUGUCACUGUGGAGAGUAGGCGGCAGCAGCAGCAUAGCUUAGAAAUUUACUCGUUUUUGCAUCUCGUUGCAUCUUGCUCGUUUGAUGUCUUGUAGAUUGAUUUCAUUUCAUGUUCUUGUAGAACCAAUCCGUCCGUCCGUCCGUGGUCGAACGAUGAAAUGUGCAGGCAGGAACACAAGAUCCUGGUGUCCUGCUGCUCUCUGUUGUGCCAUUCCGCGCCGUGCUCACGGAUUGUUUGGUGAUUGGUAUGGGAAGACGGUGCCGCCGAACAGGAGCAUCUGAUUGAUGAAGCCUUCAACCAGAUCAUAAAAUCUUUUAGGUGUGCGUGCGUUUCAGCGUUUGUGGUUGGGUGUGCCAAAACAUAGCCUGUCGAACUGUUUGCUACUACUAGUAAAUUGCGCCGUGCGGAAUGUCGGUUUGAGAUUAGGCUGGGUGAUCGAACACGAAAAUACCGUAAGGAUAUGCAUACUAAGGUUAUUUCUGGUAGAUACAUUAAAAAUUCGUUUUUUAUAACACUAUUUUGUUACAAUAUUCUCUAAUAUUAUUAUAAUAUUUUUA